UACAUGACAAAGCCAACGCUUUUUGCUUUUUCCCUCUUUGCCCCUCAAACCUCUGAAUUUCAGAAAGAUCUGUUUUUGGUUUUUGCAGGCAAGUAAGUAAGUACCGUGCCGUGAGUAAUUCCAUGACUCUUUCAUGAAGUAGCUACUAGUUCUGUGUGCCUCUCACUUCACGCACUCAAAAACCUAAACACUCUUCAAUUCAUUCAUUCACUCACUCGCAUUCCGCAGAUGAAUUCUCUGCUUCUUGGUUCUUUUCCUAAUAAAGCUUCACUAGUUACCCCUGGUGGAAGUUGUUGGAGGAGUAAAAAUUGGACAAAUAAUUGUUUGACUAUUGGUACUCUAGGUUCUUAUGCAUCAACAACAGCUUCAUGGCCCAAAAGGAAGAUCAAAAAAGAAUGUAAUUUUUUGAGGUUUAAGCAGUCAAGUUUAGUAUUUCGUUGUGAAGGCAUUGAGGGAGGGCCUACAUGCCAAGAAUGUAACAGAAAACAUAUUGUGAAAGCGACCUCUGGGCAAUCUUUUGAAUCUGAACCUCCAGCUUUUGAUUCAAAAAGAAUUUUGACCUCUGUUAAAAAUUCAUUGGAUGCUUUCUAUAGGUUUUCCAGGCCACACACGGUUAUUGGCACCGCAUUGAGCAUAGUUUCUGUGUCUCUCCUAGCAGUGCAGAAAUCAUCAGACAUAUCUCCUCUAUUUUUUACUGGUGUGUUGGAGGCUGUGGUAGCUGCCUUGUUUAUGAAUAUUUAUAUUGUCGGAUUGAAUCAAUUGUCGGAUAUUGAAAUAGACAAGAUAAACAAGCCAUAUCUUCCAUUGGCAUCCGGUGAAUAUUCCGUUGGAACUGGUGUCACAAUUGUUGCAUCGUUUUCAUUGCUGAGUUUUUGGCUUGGUUGGAUUGUAGGUUCAUGGCCGUUGUUUUGGGCUCUUUUCAUCAGUUUUGUGCUUGGGACUGCUUAUUCAAUUGAUGUGCCACUCUUGAGAUGGAAGAGAUUUGCAGUGCUUGCUGCAAUGUGUAUUCUAGCUGUCCGUGCAGUAAUUGUUCAACUUGCUUUUUUCCUUCACAUGCAGACCCAUGUGUACAAGAGGCCAGUUGUGUUUUCAAGACCACUGAUUUUUGCUACAGCAUUCAUGAGUUUCUUCUCUGUAGUUAUAGCAUUGUUCAAGGAUAUACCUGACAUAGAAGGAGAUAGAAUAUUCGGCAUCCAGUCUUUUUCAGUACGUUUAGGUCAGCAGCGGGUAUUUUGGAUUUGUGUCUCACUCCUUGAAGUUGCUUACGGAGUCGCCCUCAUGGUGGGAGCAGCUUCUCCUUGCCUUUGGAGCAAAAUUAUCACGGGCGUGGGACAUGCUGCUAUGGCUUUAAUUCUCUGGUUCCGUGCCAAAUCUGUAGAUUUCAAGAACAAAGCUUCCAUAACAUCCUUCUACAUGUUUAUCUGGAAGCUAUUUUAUGCAGAGUACUUGCUCAUACCUUUAGUUAGAUGAAUAUGGGGCGUCACCCAAUCAUAGCCGUGAAAAUAGUUUUACAAUUACAUAGUGCUCACAGGCCAUCAUCAUACAUGAGAGAUGAGCCUACAAUUUUAUUAAGUUUUAACUGGAAUUGUAAAUGAAAUAUGAUUUGUUAACAUUGAUUUCUGUUUGGUACUCUCAGAUUUCUCAUUACAUUUUAUGGACCUGUUACUUUUCCUUGGAAUGUUUUAUUAUAAUCUCAUAUUUUGUUUCCUUUAA